AUGUUUGACGAUGUGGCAGGAGGCCGACGCGGCCGCGGCCGUAAACGGGACAAGGAGCGAGCUGAGGAGUCGCUGCCCGGCGAGCCCGACUCCCCUCCGGCCGGCCGGCGCUCCCCGCAGCAGCCGCCGUCCGCCUCCGAGGCCGCCGAAACAGAGUGCCAAUUCGAUCAUGUGCCUGCCUCCCCGGCGCCCGAGAACGCGCAGCCCGUCCAGGAGCGUGGCACACCGUCCCCGCCGGCGGCCGCCCCUACUGUCCUGCCGUCCGGCACGGUCGUACCGCUCUCCGGGCCGGCAGAAGUGAAGGUGACCGGACCGGCGAGCAGACGGGCGGCAGCGUUCAGCAACCGUCUGCGCGCCGAGCAGGAGCCGCGCCCACGCAGUGUGUCGCCGAUCAGCGCCUUGCUCAGGGAGAUGACCGGCGAGGGUCAGCAGUCGCCCCCACCGCCACCGGCACCGAUACAGGCGCCCCCAGCAGCCAUCUGUGACCCAGAGGCGGUGCUGGCCGUGGCCAGGAACCUCUCCCAGCUGGGUGUGCAGCAGCCGGUGUCUGUGUACCCAGAGCAGUACGGCCCCACACCCUCCGCCUAUGGUGCUCCUCCGCCACAGAGUUACGGUGCCUCCCCGUCGUACGGAGUGCCAUCAUACGGCUCUCAACCGCCGUACGGCACCCCGUCCCAGAGGCCGCCUGUAUCGUACGGAUCCCCGCCUCAGGGGCCGCCUGUGCCGUACGGAUCCCCGCCUCAGGGGCCGCCUGUGUCGUACGGCUCCCCGCCUCAGGGGCCGCCUGUAUCGUACGGCUCCCCAUCUCAGGGGCCACCAGUGUCGUGCGUCCAAGCGGAGGCGCAGCAUCCGCCCUACGGCUCGCCCCCGCAUGGCCAGUCUAUGACGUACGCGUCCUCUCAGUCUCAGCAGAUGUCGCUACAGGAGGUGCGCGGCGCCCCUCACAACUCGCCAUUGGUACACAGCGCUCCCCAGGGGCCUCCGGCGGCCCAGAGCGCUCCCCAGGGACCACCGGCGGCCUACGGAGCGCCGCCGCCGGACCCGCGGGGCAGUGUGGGUGCUGCUGUGGCGCCGGCGGCCGUGACCAGCCAGCCGCCGCCGCCACAGGGCCCGCCGGCAGUCCCCCAGGCGGCCGUGCGCGCUCCGCUGCCUCCUUCUCCGCAGAAGAGCACUGAGCUGCUCCGACAGCAGCCGGCUCCCUCAGGCGGUCCCUCUCCGACCGCCGAGGCCGAGCGGGGGACUGCGGAGCCGGGCACAUCGAAGGCGGGUCUGUACGUGCCGCCCGGUAAGCGCGCCCUGCUGGGCCGCCGCCGAAGCCCGCCGCCGCCUCCGGAGCCGCCGCGGCCGGCCGGGCCGAUCCAGUGUGUGACGUUUGUGGACGGGAAGGCGGUGAUGGGUCCGGUGGACGACUCGAUGUUCCACAUACAGGAUAUCCGACUGAAGGAGGGUAAACUGUGA